AUGCAUUUUAUUUAUUGUAUUGCUGAAUUUCUUCUUAUGUUAUCACAUGAUACACUUCAUUCAAAACAAGUUAUUAAAAUACAAGAUUUAAUAAAACAUUAUGAUUCAUUAUUAGCAAGUGGACAUGAACCUGAAACACAUGGUACUUUGACAGCAUUAGAACCACUUUUAUAUGAUUUUUUUUCUUAAGCAUGGUGGUCACCAAUAUUAACACCAUCAUCAUUAAUUACACAUUUAUCUAUAAGUAGUCAAUUACAAUCUUAUUGUGAUUUAAUAUAUCAUCAUGAAUUAUAUGUUGAACAUUUUAUAUCAAUAACAACACAUUAUCAAUUAUUAUUAUUAUUUUUUAUUUGA